AUGUCUGGCAGCUGUUGUUCUAGGAAAUACCCUUCCCUGCCAGCCAUCUCUCUCUGCUCCACUGAGGUGAGCUGCGGAGGGCCCAUCUGCUUACCUAGUUCCUGCCAGAGCCAGACGUGGCAACUGGUGACUUGCGAGGACAGCUGUGGCUCCUCUGGCUGUGGGUCCCAGUGCGGUCAGCCUUCUUGCUCGGUGAGCAGUUGCUGUCAGCCUGUGUGCUGCGAGGCCACCCUGUGCCAGCCUGCCUGCCCCAUGAGCAGCUGCUGUCAGCCGGUGUGCUGCGAGACCACAGCCUGCCAGCCGCUCCUCUGCGUGCCCGCAUCCUGCCAGCCCCUCCUCUGUGAGCCCAGCUGCUGUCCAUCCACCUGUGCGGUGUCCACUUCCUGCCAACCGAUGGUCUGUGAGCCUAUGGUUUGCGAGCCAGUGGUGUGUGAGCCGGUUUGCUGCCAGCCAGUGUGCCCGUCGCCCAGCUGCUGUCCCUCGGUCUGUUCCGCCACCAGUAGCUGCUGCCAGCCUGUCUGCUGUGACUCCAGUCCCUGCGAGCCAUCUUGCUCAGAGACCAGUGUGUGCCAGCCAGCCACCUGUAUGGCACUGGUCUGUGAGCCUGUUUGCCUCCGUCCUGUCUGCUGUGUUCCAAGCCCUUGUGAGCAGCCCUGUGGCUCCGGCCCCUGUCAAGAGCCCUCUUGCUGUGUCUCUAGUAUCUGCCAGCCUAUCUGCCCUGAGCCCAGCCCCUGCUCACCAUCGGUCUGUAUGCCCAGCCCGUGUCAACCUUCUUGCUACCUAGUCAAGCGCUGCCGUUCUGUCUGCUGUGAGCCCAUCUCCUGCCCAUCGACGUCGUGCCAACCUCCCUGCCGUCCAGGGUCCUCUGCAUCUGCCAUCUGCCCACCAUCUUGCCCCCGUAGGACUUACUACAUACCUAGCUCCUGCAGACAGCCGUGCAGCCCCGUUUCCUACCGUACGGUGUGCCGUCCGAUCUGCCGUCCCAUCUGCUCCGGACCCCUCACCUAUAGGCAGCCCUACCUGACAUCCAUCUCUUACCGUCCUUCCUGCUAUCGCUCCUGCUACUCCAUCCUGCGCCGUCCCACCUGUUUCACCUCCUACUCCUACCGCCCUGUCUGCUCCCGCCAGCCUUGUGCCGAUGCCGACUCCUGUAAGCGAGAGGGCAAGAAGUCCACCUCCAGCCAGCCGGAUUGUGCCGACUCUACCCCUUGCAAGUCGGACAUCCCACAGGAGACUCCCUGCCAGCCUUCCGAGGCCAAACCCUCUACAGAGGCUGCCGCCCCCCAGCCUCCUGCCAGCAAGCCUGCCGAUCGCUGA